UUCCGGGGCGGGGGGCGGCAGGUGCAGGGCGCGCGCGGCCGGCAGGUGGCGGCGGCGCCCGGGGCAGUGCCAGACCGGCCGCGCCGCCCCAGGAAGUGGCGAGCAGGAAGCGGCCGCGGGCCCGGGCGGCCGUGCGGGGCGCGCAGAGAGCCCAGACGCGGGAGCAGAGCAGCGCUGAGGGCCCGCGAGUGUCCGGCCGCCCCAGCCCACGGCAUCUGCGCGGUGCCGUCCAUGGCUCGACUGCCCGCAGGGGUCCGCUUCCUCGUCUCUUUCUCCCGGGACCAGUGGUACAGGGCCUUCACCUUCGGCCUGACCUUCCUGCUCUAUGCCAGCUUCCACCUGUCCCGGAAGCCCAUCAGCAUCGUCAAGGGUGAGCUGCACAAGGCCUGUCCUGCCCCCGGUGCGGAUGCUGCCCAGGACCGGAAGCCCGGCGCCCCCGGGAGGGCCCCCCACAACGAGAGCCACUGCGGCUGGGCCCCAUUCGACCAGGACAACUACCAGCAGCUGCUGGGCGCCCUGGACUAUGCCUUCCUGUGCGCCUACGCCCUGGGCAUGUACGUCAGCGGCAUCAUCGGGGAGCGGCUGCCCAUCCGCUACUACCUGACGUCCGGCAUGCUGGCCAGUGGCGCCUUCACCGCCCUCUUUGGCCUGGGCUAUUUCUACGACGUCCACAGUCUGGGCUUCUACGUGCUGACCCAGAUCCUCAACGGCCUGGUGCAGACCACGGGCUGGCCUAGCGUCGUCACCUGUCUCGGCAACUGGUUCGGGAAGGGCAGGCGUGGCUUGAUCAUGGGGGUCUGGAACUCCCACACCUCCGUGGGCAACAUCCUGGGGUCCCUGAUCGCCGGCUACUGGGUGUCCACGUGCUGGGGCCUGUCCUUCAUCGUGCCGGGGGCCAUCGUGGCAGCCAUGGGAGUGGUGUGCUUCCUCUUCCUCAUCGAGCACCCGAAGGACAUCGCCUGCUCGGCGUCCCUGCUGCCGCAUGCCCGGGCCUGCGAGAACGGGGCGCACAGGUUCCGGCCACAGAAGCCAGCGGGGGGCGCAGAGAAAAGCCGGCCGGGGGACCCCGAGGCGCAGGGCCUGCUGCCGGCCGACGGGAAGCGCUCGCUGCACCAGAGCCACGUGGUGGUGCUGUCGGAGGGCGCGGGCAGCACGGCCGCCAUCAGCUUCCUGGGCGCCCUCAGGAUCCCGGGCGUGGUGGAGUUCUCGCUGUGCCUGCUCUUCGCCAAGCUGGUCAGCUACACCUUCCUCUUCUGGCUCCCACUCUACAUCACCAGUGUCGACCACCUGGACGCCCGCAGCGCUGGGGAGCUGUCCACCCUCUUCGACGUGGGCGGGAUCUUUGGUGGGAUCCUGGCAGGGGUGAUCUCAGACCGGCUGGAGAAAAGGGCGUCCACCUGCGGACUCAUGCUGCUGCUUGCUGCCCCCACGCUCUACGUCUUCUCCAGCAUCAGCAAGGCCGGCCUGGAGGCCACCAUCGCCAUGCUGCUGCUCAGCGGGGCCCUGGUCAGCGGCCCCUACGCGCUCAUCACCACCGCCGUGUCCACUGACCUGGGCACCCACAAGAGCCUGAAGGGGAACGCCCACGCCCUGGCCACCGUCACCGCCAUCAUCGAUGGCACCGGCUCUGUGGGAGCCGCCCUGGGCCCCCUGCUGGCCGGGCUCAUCUCCCCGUCCGGGUGGAACAACGUCUUCUACAUGCUCAUGUUCGCCGACGCCUGUGCCUUACUGUUCCUGGUCCGCCUCAUCCACAAGGAGCUGAGCUGCCGCGGGCGGCCGGCCGGGGGGCCAGUCCCGUUCAAGGAGCACUGAGUCCCGGCAGAAGGCUGCGGGCGGCCCUGGACGGACCCCCGGGCAUCUCCGGGCUCUGCCCUGACGAAGGAGGGGAUGGCCCCGGGGUCCUGCCGUGCCCAGGAGCGCCCCGCGGGCGGGGGCAGGGUGGG